AUGUGGGGGCCCCCCUCUUACCUCUCAGCAGCAUACAGACACAGCAGCAGCAGCAGCAGCAGCAAGUACACACUGCUGCAGCAGCAACUGCAGCAGCAACUGCAGCACCAGCACCAGCACCAGCACCAGCAGCACCAGCAGCAGCAGCAGCAGCAGCAGCAGCAGCAGCAGCAGCAGGAGGCGAAGCAGCAAGAGGUUAACAGAGGAUAUAAUACAGGAGCAUGGGGGUGCUGCCCCCCUAUACGUCAACUUAUAGAUAUAACAAACCAUAAGCUGCUGCUCUCUGUCUCUCUUCUUUCUCUCAAUCUAUAUAUUAGCUGCCUCUCACCCACACACCAGCAGCAGCAGCACCAGCAGCAGCACCAGCAGCAGCAGCAGCUGCUGCAGCAGCAGCAGCAGCAAGAGCAGCAACAGAUGCUGCUGCAGGAAAAACGGCAGGUUAUGCAGCAAGAACAACAGAAAACAGAGCAGCAGCAGCAACAGAUGCAGCAGCAACAGCAACAGCAGCAACAGCAGCAACAGCAGCAACAGCAGCAGCAGCAACAGCAAGAACAGCAGCAACAGCAGCAUGAAGACAGACAGCAGCAACAAGGCAUAUCAGCAGCAAAUGGCAGUGAGGGUAGUUGUGAGCAUGCACAGGCAACAGACCCACAACAUUCUCCUGCAAGCGAGCAGCAGCAGCAGCAGCAGCAGCAGCAGCAGCAGCAGCAGCAGCAGCAGCAGCAACAGCAGCACCAGCAGCAGCACCAGCAACAGCAGCAGCAACAGCAGCAGCAGCAGCAAGAGUCGUAUACUGCUGGAGUGGGAGGCGCUGGCCUUUCCGGUGUGCCGAGGAGACAGGCGAAGCAAAAGGAUACACUUGCUGCUAAGAAAAACAGCAGCAGCAGCAGCAGCAGCAGCAGCAGCAGCAGCAUGAAGCCAUCGAUCCCAGGAGCUGAUCGUAUCCUUGGCUGCCUCAAACGCAGCACCUAUGCGCAUGCAGUUUUUCGUUAUUCUCCCUGCAGCUCUUUGCAGCUAACAAACGGGGUGUAUGUAGACCGCAGCAGCAGCAGCAGCAGCAGCAGCAGCAGCAGCAGCAGCAAUGUUGCUGUUGCUGCAGCAGCAAAAACUCUAGGCCAGCUGCAUCGCGACUUUCCUGUGGGGGUCUUCAGGCAGCAGAUACACCCCAACCAACGGCUGCCGCUAGUACCCUUGCCUCCUCUACAGCAACCAGCAGCAGCAGCAGCAGCAGCAGCAGCAGCGCCAACAGCAGCAGCAGCAGCAGCAGCAGCAGAGUGUGCGUGCGGGCAGUGGUUUGUUGCUGUUGCGCUGCCCUGUGGGAUGAUUGUUGUCCUCGACCUCCACCACCGUAUUCUUGCUAGAAGAACAGCAGCAGCAGCUGCAGCAGCAGCAGCAGCAGCAGCAGCAGCAGCAACUGCAGCAGCAGAACAGCAGCAGCAGCUGCAGCAGCAGCAGCAGCAGCAGCAGCAGCAGCAACUGCAGCAGCAGCAACAGCAGCAGAAGAAGCAAGAUGUGGAGCACUGCAGUCGCGAGGAAUCCCGUGACAACGGGGAGCUCCAAAACAGCAGCAGCAGCAGCAACAGCAGCAGCAGCAGCAGCAGCAGCAACAACAGUAGCAACAACAGCAACAACAACAACAGCAGCAGCAGCAGCAGCAGCAGCAGCAGUUCUGGGGGCUCCGCUUCUGCUGCGAAGCGUCUCCUCUACUUGCGGGAGAAGAAAGGGCGGCACACAGCCAGAGACAUGCUCCAAGGCAAAGGCCCGGGUGGGUUUGUUUGUUCUCGCUCUAGCGCUGCAUCCUCCUCCUCCUCCUCCUCAGCAGCAGCAGCAGCAGCAGCAGCAGCAGCAGCAGCAGGCAGAGCAGCAGGAGAGGACCAGCUGGACCCUUUCUCUCUUCGGGUGUAUAUGGAGCUCCCCGUGGGGGCCCGCUACGGCAGCAGCGGCGUAAAGGCCGAAGCUUUCUCUCACUUUUGUUUUUCUUCUGAUCCUCUGCUGCAGUGGCUAGCUGUUGCUUCUAAGAAAGGAAUUGUAAGCAGCAGCAGCAGCAGCAGCAGCAGCAGCAGCAGCAGCAGCAGCUAG